CUUAUGCUUAAACUUCACCCAAAAUUGAAACCCUAGCGAACCAGAAAUCUCUCAAGAUCAACUAGUAUCAAUUGGAAAAUUCACUUUAGAGGGAAAUCUUAGGAUUCCGGUCGAAUUUUCUAUGGAUUAACAGGAGAAGAGCUUAGCCAAAGAAUUCAUUACACUGAUUUCCUUCAUUUAAGCUCUGCAUAAGUGGUUUCAAUUCAAGAUCAGCGCUGUUAGGAUUUCAUCAUCAAGAGUUGUUGAUUCAGUUUGAAAGCAAAUAAAAAAAGGAAGGUUCAUUGGAUUAAAAUGAUGUACUGCAUGGUGUCCAUCAAAAGCAUGCUUUUAAGGAUUCUAAUAACAAGCAUAGUUCCAAGUGCAAAGGAAAUGCUGUCGGCCUGUGUCUGAGCUCCAUAUUUGCAUUCAUGUGUCUCCAGGCAAGCUUUUAGACAUUUCCCCCAGAAGUUGAGCAUUCUUGAUUAUACGACAAAUGAUUGAUCCCAAAUGCAAUGGUCAUGACAAUGCUGGAAGUGGCUCUCCUGUUGGUGAUAAACAACAACCCAUAGCAGCAAAGAAGAUUGCAUUAAGGGAUCUGCAGAAUGAUAACAGGAUUGUGGUGCCCAAGUCUUUGACAGCCCCUCCUUUAAUAAAGGAUCCAGCACCAACUUCAGAUGUUACCAAGGUUACUGGUACAAAGAGACCGACACCUGAGUGUCCCACAAGUCCCGUCCGCCACCUGUCUCCAAAUAGUGCAAAUGGGACUUUUGUGUACAUCCGAAGAAAAUCUGACCAAGAAGUAGCAAAGGGUAGCAACUGCGAAACUGAACCAAACAAAGCUAUCAACAAUUCACAGUUAAGUCAAAAUAUUCACGGCGAAAAGGAGACAACUAAGCAACAAAUUCAGGUUCAAGGGCAAAAGAAUUCUAGCUUUCCAGCAGCUCCUUCUAUGCCUAUUACAGUCCCUUGUGGAGGGCCUUCUGUUCCCCACUCUCUCGGGAUGCCUGUUAAUACGUCAUCAACAAUGCGACCCGCUUCAACUACUGAUGUUACUACUGAUGUUCUCCCAACUAAUCCCCAGAGAACAAGUGAUCAAAAUUGGAAAGAGCGCUUCCCUCACCUGCAGAUGUUCUUGCGAAACUGUGACCAUUCAAGUCAGGAAGAAUACAUCCAGAUGCUUAAAUCCUUAUCUUCAGUCGGUAGAAGCAGACAUGCUGUUGAAUUGGAAAAAAGAGCAAUCCAACUCUUAUGUGAAGAAGGAAAGGAAUUGCAUCGAAUGAAAUUGCUGAAUGUUCUGGAGAAAAUGUCAUCAAAAAACUCCUCUGCAACUCCACAAGUCAAUUUCAGGAAGUAAGGAAACAACUUCGCGAAACAAGCUUAAAAUUUGGCUCGCUCCGUAGUCUGAGCAGUUUUUUAAUCGUGUAUCCAGCAUAACAUGUGUUGUCAUUGUUGCUGCUGCUGCUGUUGUUGUUGUUGUCGAUUAUUAAUGCCAUUUGGUUAUCUCGACUAUGUAUUAAACCUCAACUGUUAGUUUAUCUAGUUCCAUAAUGAUCCUACUUGUAAUCUGUAACUACUGUUGGAAGCUAUAUAGUUGCCUCCAAAUUAUACAAGAUUAUUUUUAGAAGGUAUUA